AUGGCCCAAGAAAAGUUUAUUCUAUACUCUUUCGUCGGCUCCCAAUGGGCCAAUGUUGCGCACCUUGGGUUGGCAGAAAAGGGGUUCAAGUCAGAUGACUACGAAGUCAAAGAGGUCGACCUCGUCAAGGCGGAGAACUUCAACCACGAAUACCUCAAGAUCAACCCUAAUGGCACGAUCCCCUCAUUGACUUCGCCGUCCUUAGAACGACCGCUCAUCGAGAGCACCGAUAUUCUACGGUUCCUCGACGAGACAAGAGGCACGUCCUUGGUCCCCAGCGAUCCCAAAGCCAAAGAAGUCGCGCAGAAGAUCAUCGACCUUGUGCAUUCCAAUGACCUCACCACGAACUUGAUCCUGCUCCAGGCUCACGACCACGAGGAAAUGAAUGCAAAAAGGUCUAGCAUGUGGAACGACUUCGUGCGCGCCCGACAGGCCAAGCUGGAGGAGGGGAAAACCGCCCAUCCAAACCAUCCAUUCUAUGGACCCAAGAGUGAGGAGAAUGGAGCCUUGUAUAGACUUUACACCUCAGCGAGCGAAGAUGAACUGCAGAGAUUCUAUGAGACGACACACGAUAUGUACCGCAAGUUUGCGACGGGCCUUGACAAGCUGGAUACACUACUUGUUCUUCCAUAUGCGGUCGGCGACCAGGUAACGGAGGCUGAUUUCCACAUUGUGCCGUGGCUUUCGCAUGCGCUAUGGGGAGCUGGUACAGAGCCGAGUGAUGUGCAGAACUUUGGAACACUGGAGGCCUUGAUUCAGAAGACUAUGCCGGGCUUCGAAGUUAAGCCGAGAAUAAAGGAGUGGUGGUCUAAUAUUAGCAAGACCCGCGCAUUCAAGGAGGUCUACCCACAGCUGCAUUGA